ACGAGCUGCGCGCGCACCGGACCGGCAGCGCGGCCACAGCUGCCCGUAACAAGUGAAACGCUUCUCUCUCUCUCUCUCUCUCUCUCUCUCUCUCUCUCUCUCUCUCUCUCGCUGCAUCUCCUCCGCCUUUCUGCGCUCUGGAGUCUGGAUGUGCGCGAUGGAGAACCGACGCGUUUAACCGGAUUCCUGUUGUAGCCGUUGGAGAGCACGAGUCAUCUUAUUUUUUCCCCACGCGCUCUCUCCUCUUCCUCUCUCUUAUUUUUUCUUGGACUUGUACUGUGGCUUUAUAUGACAGAAUAAUACUAAUAUUAGUUCUUAAAAAAAAAAAAAAAAAAACAUUUUUGGUCUCCCUUUUCACCCGGAGCUUAUGAAUUGAACUUGGCGGCGUGAUUUCGGCGUGUCACCGGGGGGAGAGCCGCGCGCUCUUGCUUGCCGUUUCUGCGCACACCAUGGCGCGCGCCGGUGGAUACGAGCGCGUGAGAAGGGCUCUGGCUGGUGCAGUUUGGAUGGCUUUGCUAUGCGUCGUCUCCAGAACGCAGGGUUCUCAGGCUCCACGCAGUUUCGUAGAGUUACGUUUCGUGUUGGAGCCGCAAGACGUGGUAACAAUACGAGGUGGUGUACUACAGCUGGACUGCCAGGCGCGAUCUGACCGUGGCCUUCCCAACAUCUCCUGGAAGAAGGACGGUGUGCUGCUGAGCUCGGUGGUGGAUGAGCGAAGACAGCAGUUGGCCAACGGAUCCCUCCUAGUGCAGAAUGUGGUGCACUCACGUCAUCACCGACCGGAUGAGGGAGCCUACCAGUGUCUGGCCACUCUAGAGGGUGUGGGGGCCAUCGUCAGCCGCACGGCAAAGGUUACCGUUGCUGGUCCUUUACGUGUGGUGGUCCCCACCGAGUCGGUCUCAUCCUACAUGGGUGACACGGCGUUGCUGCGCUGCGAGGUGACGGGUGAGCCCAUGCCCGUAGUGCGCUGGCAGAAGAACCGCGACGAGCUGCCCUUGACUUUUGACCCUGACAGCAGGGUGGUGGUGCUGCCCUCCGGCUCACUGCAGGUCAGCAAAGUGCAGCCGCCUGACGCUGCUACAUACCGCUGCCUGGCGGAGAACCCAGGGAGCGCACGGACAGGCACCGAUGCUGACCUGAGGGUUUUACCAGAGCCUGGAGUAGCGAGGAAUCUGGUCUUUCUCCAGAGACCCAUGAAGGUCACGGCUCUACAGGGCAGAGAUGCCGUGCUGGAAUGUUCCGCCUCCGGCUACCCGACCCCCUCCUUCUACUGGAUGAGAGGCAGUGAGAUGAUUCAAAUCAGAUCCAGGAAGUACUCUUUGCUCGGCGGCAGCAACCUGCUAAUCAACAGCGUCACCGAUGACGACUCGGGCACGUACGUCUGCGUAGCGCAGAACAAGAACGAGAACAUCACGGCUUCCUGUGAGCUCUCCGUUCUAGUGUCGCCCCAGUUCUUGAACUAUCCGUCCAACACGUACGCGUACGAGAGCUCGGACAUCGAGAUGGAGUGUGCGGUGACGGGUAACCCUCAGCCCACCGUGCGCUGGAUGAAGAACGGAGAGGCAGUCAUCCCCAGUGACUACUUCCAGAUCGUGGAUGGUGGGAACCUGCAGAUUUUGGGCUUGGUGCGUUCAGAUGAAGGAUUCUACCAGUGUGUGGCAGAGAACGAAGCAGGCAACGCCCUGGCAAUGGCCCAACUUAUACUCCUCGAGCUUGUUGUCCCGAGCUCAGGCGUCCUCCCUUCUUUUCCCCGGGACCUGACCCCUGUGCUUGUGUCCAGCCGCUUUGUGCGUCUAUCCUGGCGCCCCCCAGUGGAGACACGUGGCACCAUCCUCACUUAUGGAGUCUUUUACACACAGGAGGGCAUUAACAGAGAACGCUCGGUGAACGUGACAGAGCCGGAGAGUCUCCAGUUGACGGUGAACAAUCUGAAGCCUGAGGCGGUUUAUAUCUUCAGGGUGGUGGCCUACAAUGAGCUGGGGCCAGGAGAAAGCUCAGAGCAAAUCCGGCUCUCCACACAGCCUGAACUGCAGGUCCCUGGUCCCGUGGAGAACCUCCAAGCCGUGGCCAUGUCCCCAACCUCUAUCCAGGCCUCAUGGGAUCCUCCAGCAUACGCCAACGGCCCCAUCCAAGGCUACCGGCUCCUCUGGAUCGAGACCUCCUCUGGCAAAGAGCAGAGCAUAGAGGUGCUCGGGCAAAGCUACAAAAUGGAAGGAUUGAAGAAGUUUACAGAGUAUUCUUUACGCAUCCUGGCACUGAACCGCCACGGGCCGGGCAUCGGCACAGACAAUAUGCUCAUCACAACCUUCUCUGAUGUUCCGAGCGCUUCUCCUCAGAACAUCUCUCUAGAAGUGAUCUACUCGCGGAGCAUCAAAGUGAGCUGGCAGCCUCCUCCAGCCAACACACAGAACGGCUUCAUCACCGGAUACAAGAUCCGCUACCGGAAAACCGGACGACGAGGGGAUCAAGAGGCCAUCGAACCCAACAACCUGUGGUAUCUGUUCACAGGGCUGGAAAAAGGCAGUCAGUACAGCUUCCAAGUUGCGGCCAUGACGGUCAAUGGCACAGGCCCUAGCAGCGAAUGGUACACUGCGGAAACUCCAGAAAACGACCUUGAUGAGACCCAGGUUCCGAACCAGCCAAGCUCCCUGCACGUGCGUCCGCUUCCCAAUAGCAUCAUCAUGAGCUGGACCCCUCCACUGAACCCCAACAUUUUGGUGAGGGGUUACAUCAUUGGCUACGGCGUGGGGAGCCCCUAUGCUGACACAGUGCGAGUGGACAGCAAGCAGCGUUACUACUCCAUUGAAAACUUAGGGCUUCAGGUUCUGCAGCAAUGCACUGCUGACAGUCUUCCUUACCUGUCUGGUGCCCAGAUUCUUUUUGUAACAGCUUGUUUACCUAGGAAGAAUUCAUUAACACACCAAAACUCAACUCUAUUAACUCUCUUUUUUUUCCCACUUUUUUCUGCACGUAUUUCUUGCCUUUGGAAAGCGCCAAGCUCCGCCCCGAAGGACCUGACCGUGAUUGGUCGAGAGGGUCGUCCCAGAUCGAUCCUUAUCAGCUGGCAGCCGCCGCUCGAAGCUAACGGCAAGAUCACAGGUUAUAUCGUGUACUAUACUUUGGAUAAGAACAUGGCCAUUGAUGACUGGGUGAUGGAGCCCAUCACCGGAGACAGACUCACCCACCAGGUCAUGGACCUGAAUCUCGACACUGUUUAUUAUUUCCGGAUCCAGGCCAAAAAUGCCAAGGGGGUGGGGCCUCUGUCUGAACCUGUCCAGUACAGGACAUCCAAAGUCGAACAUCCGGACAAGAUGGCCAACGACCAAGGUCGUCAUGGAGACAGCAGCUACUGGCCUUCGGACAAUAACCUGAUUGACAGGAGCAGCCUGAACGAGCCUCCCAUCGGUCAGAUGCGGCCUCCGCACGGCAGCGUGACUCCGCAGAAGAACAGCAACCUGCUGGUGGUCAUCGUGGUGUCCGUGGGCGCCGUCACCGUCGUCGUGGUGGUCAUCGUGGCUCUCAUUUGCACUCGACGUUCUUCCGCACAACAACGGAAAAAACGGGCCACACACAGCGCUGGGAAAAGGAAAGGAAGUCAGAAAGACCUGCGACCUCCUGAUCUGUGGAUCCACCACGAGGAGAUGGAGCUGAAGAACAUAGAGAAGCCGUCCAGCUCCGCCCCGUCCGGCCGAGAAUCGCCGAUCCAGAGCUGCCAAGAGAUCGCCCCUGUCAGCCACAGCCAAUCAGAGAGCCAGAUGGGCAGCAAGAGCAGCCACUCAGGUGGUGAUGCAGAUGAAGCCUCCAGCGGGAUUUCUACGCUAGACCGCUCGCUGGCUGCACGCAGAGCCACUCGCUCAAAGAUGAUGAUCCCUAUGGACUCACAACCCAGCAAUACACCGGUGGUCAGUGCCAUCCCGGUGCCCACGCUGGAGAGCAGUCAGUACCCGGGCAUCCUGCCGUCUCCCACAUGCGGCUACACCCCUCACUCCAAAUUCACCCUCAGGCCCAUGCCCUUUUCGACGCUCACCGUGGACCGAGGCUAUGCUGCAGCCAUAACCACAGAAACCCCCCAGCCUCAGGCAUCUCUGAUCCCCUCAGUGCAGCCCGAAGCAUCGGGGGCAGAGGAGAUGCCGAGCCGCUCCAUUCCCACAGCGUGUGUAAGACCCACACACCCCCUGCGUAGCUUCACCAACCCUCUCCUGCCCCCACCCAUGGGCAACAUCGAGCCCAAAGUCUACACUCCCAUGAUGCCACAGCCAGGUGGAAGUCUCCCGAAACCCCAAGUCAAGACGGCUUCGUUAGGACAGGCUGGGAAAGCAAGAUCACCGCUACUUCCUGUCUCUGUUCCGACAGCGCCCGAAACUGCAGAGGAAGGACAGAAGCCAGCAGAAGACCCUGCAAGUGUGUAUGAGCAGGACGACCUGAGCGAACAGAUGGCCAGUCUAGAAGGACUGAUGAAGCAGCUGAACGCCAUCACCGGCUCUGCAUUUUAACGUCGGCGACCACCCGGCGGAAGCUGCGAUCUAGCUGAGGGAGCAGAGGCACGUCACGCACCGAGCCACGCACCUGUGACUUUACAGACUCUCUGAUGUCUCGUGUCCCUCCGCCUCCGUCUGGCCUUUUAUUCCACUCACGCGUUCAUCAGCAAAAACCCUGCGAUGAGACAACAAAAAAAAGGGAAAAAAAUAAAAUCACAUGCGAGACACACGUAAAAGGGAGCGGGUUUAUAAAACGGAGCCGGGUUUCGAUCCGAGCCUCCUACCGACGAUUCUUUCACCCGUGUUUUUUCUUUAUUUUCUUGGGUUUUUCGCUCACACCGCAGCUUUGGCAGAUAUAAACAAGCUGGAGACGAGAAGACUGGGUCGAGAAAACGACACACGUUUUUUUCUGCUCUGUCGUUCCGUCUUUCCAAAAACUUUUCCGAAACACAAGGAUCGUGACUUAAAUACAGUUUUGUGACGAGUCGAGUCGGUGGAUCGGGAAAUAAACAAUCCAUUCCAUUGCAAAUAUACCUCCAUUUCCUGACCAGUAGUUUGACCUACUAUGACUGUGUUAUAAUGCACAACUCACACACACACACACACACACACACACACACACACACACACACACACACACACACACACACAAC